UCCUGACUGGCUGUGGCUCUGGAAAUCAGCGCUCGAUUAACUGGCCUUUCAGAACAGGAAGUGACAGAACACACGUGUUGAAAGAAGCAUCGUUUGUGUGAAAUUAGUCAAAUUACUUCCCUAUUUAUCGUCAUAAACAUUACCACUUUUGUGUCAGGUUAGUUAAAGUGUCCACUAGUUUCCAAACAUCCUGCGGUCGAUCUUUAUCCACGCUGAUCGCAGUAAAUGGCGGAGUGUGUAAAGGACAGUGAUGCAGAGGGCAGAAUCAGUUAUGGAGACUAUGUAGUGCUGAAGAGAGGAGAUAUCUUCAAAUCAGUGCAGAUCGAAAAUAAAAAGAAAGUGAUCUUUGAGAAGCAGUGGUUCUUCUUGGACAAUGCAGUCGGGCAGCUGUACGGGGCUGUGUUUGAAAUCGAAGCCGGCGGCUCACUCAAACUCAAGGCUGCAAAACACUCGGGAGACUCUUUGGAUUCUAAGGAAGCAGGCCAGGAUAAUAGACACAUAAUGGAUGAUGGCAGAUCUCAGAAACUGAGCAGAGAUGAUAUUGAAACACUGAAAGAGCAAGGGUUAAAAGGCCAGGAGAUUGUCCAGCAGCUCAUAGACAACAGUACAACAUUCAAGGACAAAACUGAAUUUGCUCAAGAGAAAUACAUCAAGAAGAAAAAGAAAAAGUACGAGAGUAACAUAAAAAUCCUGAAACCCUCCACUCGACUCCUUGCCAUGAUGUACCACGGCAGAGAACCAGGGAAAAUAUGUCACCUGCGGUACGACACAUUGGCUCAGAUUUUGACUCUGGGGAACAUCCACGCUGGCAGUAAAAUCCUUGUUUUUGAGACCUGUGCUGGACUUGUGUUGGGCUCGGUGAUGGAGAGAAUGGGAGGUUAUGGCUCAGUGAUUCAGAUGUAUCCCGGUGGAGGCCCAACGAGAGCCGGCAUGGAGAGCUUCGGCUUUCCGUCACACUUCCACAAGACGCUGCAUGAGUUCCCUUUAUGCAAAGUUAACGCUCUGUUGGCUGGAACCCUGGAUCUGUCAGAGAAGGAUGGAGAUGGGAACGGACGAUCCGAGUCCUCUCAGAAAACCUCAGGUGUGUCUGAGAAGAGCUCAGAACCUCAGAGCAUGGAGGUCAGCGUCGACCCGCAAGAGGAAAUGAGGAGAGCGGAGAGAGAAAGACUGCGAGAACAGAGGGCUCAAGAGAAGAAGCUGAAGAUGGAGGAGAAGAGGAAGAAGUUAGCUUCAGCUGCUGCUCUGUUAGAGGGCAGAAAUGCAGAUGGGUUGGUGAUUGCUAGUCGCUUCCACCCCUGUCCCGUGUUAAUGGGUCUGCUGAAGUUUGUAGCACCAUCACGACCGUUCAUAGUGUACUGCCAGUACAGAGAGCCGCUGAUUGAGUGCUACACAAAACUCAGAGAACAAGGAGGAGCAAUCAGUCUCAGAUUAACAGAUUCUUGGCUCAGGCAUUACCAGGUGUUGCCCAACCGGACUCAUCCAGUGCUGCUCAUGAGUGGAGGUGGAGGGUAUCUCCUGUCCGGAACCACGGUCGCUGCGAAAGCUAGAAAUCAGCACAAAGCAGAGGAGCCUGUCACCAAGAGGCUGAAACUGGAUAAGAUUAGUUCAUCAUGUGACAGCUCUGCUUAGGCAAUUAGUUUAGUUUAACUUAUUUAGCAAGUUGUGGAGGAAGGAAAACAUGCGCUGCUUUUUCGGUAUCCUCUGCACCUGGCGAAUAACAAAGUUUUGCUCACAAAAUGCAUCAUUGCCCAAGUAAACAUUUAUCUGUUUUUAAUACAUUUCAAAAGGUGUCCAGCAUCAAAACACAAAUGAUAACUGCAUUCAUCAGCUUUGGUCCCAUAAUUACAUAUUUUAUUAAAUAUAAACAAUGCAGAGAUUCUAUGGAAAGCCAUAAAGAAGAAGAACAAUUUUUCACAGUUGUAAAGUAGCAUGCUCUUAAAUGCAUUCACAUUUGCA